AUGCAACUAACCUUCAAAGUAUUAGACUUAGAAGCUGCAGAAAACACCCUCCAAAUUGACUGCCUAUCAGAGCACAGUGUCCAACACGUCAAGUCAAUCCUUUCCCCUAUGCUUAAUCAGCCACCAAACUUACUUCGCCUAAUCCAACUCAAAGAAGGUCACGAAAUUUUGCUAUCAGACGAUAACACUAUUUUGUCCUACGACAUAAACGAAUCAAGCCGCCUAUUAGUCGAUAUAAUUCGACCAGAACGAGAAGAAGAACUCGCAGCCAGGGAGCGAAUCAAAAACAAGCGUGGUCUCAAAGAUCAACAAGAGCCAGCUCCAAGCAAAGAUUGGCUUGGACUCCUCAUUGCAAAAAUCAUGGACGGCAGCUUAUCAGGCUUACUUCAGCUUAUAGGAGAAUACGACCGUGAGGAAGCUGGAAAUGUCAUGGAUGAAGAAGAAGACUUAUUAAGCACCCCAAACGCUGAUGGCUGGACUGGCUUACAUUUCGCAUGUCAGCUUGGGCAUUCUAACAUAGCCCAGCUCUUUGUAGCGAGAGGGGCUAAUUGUAAUAGAGAAACCUUAGACAACUGAACCCCGCUAAUUUUAGCUUCUUAUCAUGGCCAUGCUGAAUGUGUAAGAGCUUUACUUAAACACCCAAGAAUCCAGAUAAAUAAAAUGACCGCGACAAAAGGUACAGCAUUACACCAAGCUUGCAGAAAAGGCCAUGCACCCAUUGUGCAGCUUUUAUUAGAAAAUAAUGCAAGUAUGACUAUUGAAGACAACAAUAGGGCCAUCCCACUAAUGGUGGCGUCGACUCAUGAAAUUUUUGAAAUAAUACCGAAAUAUAUGGGAGAAAGAGAGCUGCAAAAGGUAAGGGGGGAGCACAGAGGAGAAAUGACGUCGUUUAAUGGAGAAGUCUUCUAUACAGGAAGCACACAAAUUCAUGAUAGACAGGUUUUAUUGUCGCUAGAUAUAGAUCAAGGGUAUCUUAGUGUGUAUAUGGACAAAGACAAUUUUAUUAAAAAUGAAGAGCCUUCUCAUAGAAUGAGGCUGCUCGAUAUUUGGGACAUUAGGGUGUCCAAAGGUCUCCAAUACGGGAAUAAAGACGCUGUUUGUUUUAUUAUCCAUUCAAAAACAGGCAAUUUUAAGUUUUACACUCUUAUGGAAGACUUAACCAAUAUGUGGAUCAGAAGAAUCCAGGACGGGAUUGACUAUUGCCAGCAGCACAAAAUCGGAAUGAAAGAUGAAGACCAAAAUGGCCAAACCACUGAAGAAUUAGGCCCCAGGGAAGAUAUGCUUUUUUCGUCAAGCUCGACAAAUGAAAUAAUUAACUUCAAAAGUUUUACUACACUAGAAGAGCUGGGAAGCGGAAGCUUUGGGAAAGUCUAUAAAGUCAUUAAAAAUGAUACAAAGCAUGUGUAUGCACUUAAGCAGCUUAAUAAGCAGUUUUUAGUGAAGCAUAAGCAGCUGAAAUAUGCAGUUGGGGAAUGCAAAAUUUUGAGAUAUUUAAGCCACCCUUUUAUUAUCACGAUGGACUAUGCGUUUCAGACACCAAAACAUUUGUAUAUGGUUUUGGAAUAUUGUCCAAAUCGGUAUAUAUUUUUUUAUUUUAAUUUUUUUUGAUCUAAAUUUUUUAUAAUUUUUGGAGGCAUUUACUAGGAAUUUUAAAGUGUUUUUGUAAGCAAAUUUGUUUGAGGAAAACUUUGGAACAUUUUAUUAAUAAAAUAUUAAAAAGAUAGAUGAAAGCACCGCCCAAAUGGAGAUCUGAUGACUCAUUUAUCAGAAAGAAGUAGAUUUGCAGAAAGCGUGGCACGAUUUUAUAUAGCGGAAACUAUUUUAGCGGUAGAGUACUUGCAUUCUCUAGAUAUUGUAUAUAGAGACUUAAAACCAGAAAAUAUUCUAAUUGACCGUGCUGGACAUAUUAGGCUUGCUGAUUUUGGACUUGCUAAAGAAAACGUCAACCUGUUUACGUUUAUUCGACUUAGAGAGAAGCUCAUUGUAAUUCCUGAAGGAUACCCUCCACCCGUAGCACGCCUUUACCAUCUCGCCAGUUCGUACACGAUCUCAUAAAGGAUGCGCCUGGCAGACAAGGGCGACACUUGCUUCUUGGUAGCUGGAUGAGUUUUUCCAACGUGCAGCUCUAAAAGAGAUUGCCCACAAUGAAAAAGUCAAAAUGGUUGAAUUUUCUGGUCUACUCUUGGCCAUAAUUGAAAUCAGUAAUUCUGGUUUUACGCUAGGAAACAUACCGCUGGCUCUGCUGGGAGAUCCCUUUAUAACUCUGGGCUCCAUUCCUCUCUGAGGCGAAUGUUUGGCAUUGGAGUAAAGCAUGCGGCCAGCUAUAAUGACAUCCCGCUACACCAAAAAAAAUCUGACAGAUAUACCUACGAACGCACUCAUCCCUUCCUUAAGGUCCCUGCACACCCUGUGGAGUUUUAACUACAGAAAUUAAGAGGGUGGGUUGGUUCGCUACACCAUUUUAAUAUAUAUUAGAACGUCAACCCACUUAACCCUGCCAUGUCCUUUUGUGGCUCACCUGCUUAUCUAGCCCCAGAAAUGCUUACUCCCCUUUUAAAUUGGAAUAAAAUUUUCAUUUUUGAGUACUUUAACCUCCUUUAAUUUAUUUAUAGCAUGAGAUUUCUAUAGGUAAAACCAGAUUUAUAAAAUCAGUUUUGCCUAAUAAUUUAAUAGAAAAAUUUGAGUAGAAUAUUAUUUGCACACUAAUUUGAAUUAAUUCUUAAUUAAAAAUGAAUUAAAAUUAAAAAUAUUGUGCUCAAUUUAUAUUAUUUUAAUUUUUUAAAACAAAAUUAUCAAAUAAAAUUUAAUAAAUUAACCGCUUUAAAUUCAAACAGGAUUUUUUCCCCAAAUUUAUGGGGAGGGUGUAGUAAAACAGGCUCAGAAAAAUCAGCUGACGUCUAUGGUAUCGGGGCAAUUUUAUAUGAAUUUUUAACAGGAAUGCCACCUUUUUAUUCAGAUAAUAUAAAAGAACUCUUCAGGAAUAUCAAAAGAGGCUUAUUGCAGUUCCCAAAAGUAGUGAAGCCUGAAGCUCAAGACUUAAUGAGAAAAUUAAUGAACAAAGACCCUACAAAAAGACCGACAAUGACUCAGGCAAAAAGUCAUAUUUUCUUUAAAGGAAUUGACUGGGAAGAGCUGGAAAAGAAAAAAGUAAGACCGCCAAGGCUAGGAAGCAAAUGGGUGCAGCUCGACGAGUACGAAGAAGAACAAGCCAAUGUGAUGACACAUCAAAAAACACUGGUAGAAGAUGAAGACUACGCAGAAGAAGAGGAAUUGCAAGAAGACAACAUUGCUGAGUUUAACUUUGCUAGGGCUUAA